CAACUUCUUUUUUGACACCAGGCAAUGUCAACAACCUUGAUGGAAUUGUGGACUACACGUGCCCAGGAAAUGGGUACAUAAACGGAAUGAAAAGUGUCCACGACAACGGGGCCGAAGACAGGGUCUGGGCUUUCUACUGCUGCAGAAUGCCUGGUAAAAGUCUGACCCAAUGCACGCUGACGGAUUGGACCAAUAACUACGAUGGUUAUCAGAACUACCAUGUGCCCAAUGGCUACGCGAUGUAUGGCGUUUAUUCGGUGCAUAGUAACUACUACGAGGACAGACGUUUCAGAUAUCGGAUUUGCACAGUCGGGGGAAAAUAAGUGUUCCCAUAUACAAAAUCACAAAAAAUUGCUGCUUCUACGUUGGAUUUCUUUUGUGUAAAUCAAAAAUUGGAAUUGGCUACACGAAGCAUAAGAAUAGGAAAGACGAAAAAGAAACAUUAUUUUAGACAAUUCACGUUAUAAUUGGCAGGCUUAUUAGCGUCUUGUCCAGUGGCCGCAUUUUGUGCUGUUCUUUUGUAAUGUAUGUAUGUAUGUAUUUUAUGUAUUUUCCAGCAAUUACCAUGUUUGUUGAAAAUGUAGCUACAUGAGACUUUCUUUAAGACGUUUUGCCAUUGUUAAAAAAAUAGUGUGUUGAUACCUUAUACAUGGCUCUCAAAUUAUGAAAAUUAAGUUUGUAUUUCAUUUACUUCUCGAGAUAUUGCAGUAUUCAGUUAAAUAAUAUUUCAAUCGAAAAUAGAAGCAACACCGUGGUUACUUAUAGGAAAUGUUUGUGACCCAAAUUUACAUAUAUAGUACAAGAAAGCAUAAAGUAGUUUUUUUAAUUCAAUACGUUUUACAAAUCGUAUAUAUUCCAAUUCAUGUCGAUGUAAUUCUAACUUUUUAAGAGAAACCCACCGUAUGCAAUUUCUUUUAUUUUUGUUUAUUUUCUAAUUCUAUUGCAAUGUAUAAACGGGCUUGUGUAUAUACUUAUUGAAGCACUCAAAGAAACAUGUCUUGUACACUAUAUUAACCUUCUUUUAUUACAUGUGUUUAUAUGCUUCUUAGACAAUUACAGUGGAAUUCCAAUGAAACUUCGCAAUAUACUAUUAUUGCAUGUUCAUAUUGCAUUAUCCGUGUAUAUGUCUCCUUCUACCUUUGUAAUAAUGUUUUGUUAUGUAUAUGUAAUUGGUAUAUAGAAAUAAAAAGUGUAUACAUUGAAAAGUAAAAGUAACAAAAUAAGAUGAAUAUAAGACGAAGGGAAAUUAAUUAGUUAAUAUUUGAACAACUAUAUCCGAGAUAUGAUAUGGCACCUGAAUUGUUAUAAAUAUACGUAUACUGAUGCAAUUAACAUUGUAUACUUACAAUCAAUAAACAGAACAGAACAUGUGUUUUAUUAUGACUUGCACAAUGUACAUCGUCAGUAUAACAAAACAAACAAAUCAUGAUUAAGAUUCAUGUCAUAUUAUUCAUAUAAUAUAUAAUUUCAAUGCAAACGAUAAACAAACAAGUACAUUAAGUCAUAUAAUAUAUAAUUUCAGAACAUACGGUAUACAAUAAAGUAAAUACGGUAUACCUGGUCUUUAUUAUAAAACAUAUUACAUUUGACUAUUCUAUACAUAUACAUUGCAUUGGUUCAGAAUUUUUAUGUAGAUGUCUUUAUUUAAGAGGAUAAACUUACAUUGUGCUUCUUUCAUUUAAUGCGUAUUUAAUAAAAAGAUAAAUUUUA